UUGGGUGUAUCUAACAAGGUAUAGUAGAGUAGAAUGAAGCUAAGAGACAGAGUGGUGUACCCUAUGAGCGAGUGAGGUUGGAGCAUAGCAAUUGCAAUUUGCAAUCACAAUGUCCGAUUUCGUCUUCAGCAAGGGUGAUCCCGUGGAGGUCACAAAGAACGAUUGCUUCCACCCCGCCACCGUCAUCCGCCCCCCUUCCAGGAACAAGAACCUCGUCUUCCUCGAAUACCUCGCUACCGCCGCCCCCAACCGCCUCCGAGAAUACGUCAACGUCGCUAACGUCCGUCCCAAGCUUCCGCCCCAGCUCAACUCAUGGUUCAAAGUCGGCGACGCCGUCGACGCCUUCCGUCAGACCCACGGCGCUUGGUGCCCCGCCACCGUCGCCGCCAUUCUCCAAAACUCCGAUUACCGAGUAGUCUUUGGCUCCCACUCCGCCGUCGUCCACCACUCCGCCCUCCGCCUUCACCGGAGUUGGGUGCGUGGGAACUGGGUCCCACCUCUCCCCGAACAGGAGCAGGCCCCUGAGAUGCAGACAAAUUGCAGAAAACUUGAUUUGCAGGAGCAGCUCCCUGAGACAGAGACAAAGCCUGAAAAUUCGAGGUUUAGGAUCAAAUACAGCAGGAGGAGACCACUAAAAGAAUCAAAGUUUAAAAAAGGGAGAAUAGUGGAAGUCAGCCAGGAUGACAAAGGUUAUAAGGGUGCUUGGUUUCUUGCUACUAUUGUUGAAAUAGUAGGAAAAGACAGGUUUCAAGUAGAAUAUAGGGACCUGAAGACCAAUGGUGGCAUCCAACACUUGAAAGAAGUAAUUGAUGCAAGGUUUAUUAGGCCAUGCCCCCCUGAAGUUCCUUUUGCUGGUUCUUUCAAACAAUUCCAAGAAAUUGAUGCAUGGUAUAAUGAUGGCUGGUGGGAAGCCGUGGUUCUUGAAGUACUGAGUAACAGAGAAUGUUUGGUUUCUUUCAUUCACAAUGGUGUAUUGAAAUUUGAAAACUCUAAACUAAGGCCUCAUCAAGACUGGUUGGAUGGAAAAUGGGUGAUGUCUUCCAAGCAAUCAAGUGAGCUGGCAAAGAAGUAUGCAGAUCUGAAGCCUAAAACCAAGAAUCUCACUGGAAUUAAAUUAGUCUUGAAACGUCAAAAGCCUAGUGAGAGUUCAAAGAAGCCUAGAGAUGUAAUGGCAAGGACCACAAACACCCAAAGCAAAUCUGUGGUACAUCUCUGUAAAGGUGCAAAGGUAGAAGUCAGAAGUGAUGAAGAAGGCUACCAAGGUGCCUGGUAUACUGCCAUUGUUGUCGACUCUUUACAGAAUGGCAAGUACUUGGUGGAGUAUUUGACCCUGAAAACUGAUGACUUAACUGAACAACUGAAAGAAGAAGCAGAUGUUUCAGAUAUCAGGCCAUAUCCACCAGAUGUCAAACAUGUUCACCACUUUGUGCUGCGUGAAAUGGUUGAUGCUUGGUAUAAUGAAGGAUGGUGGGUAGGUCAGGUAUCUAGUGUUCUUCUUGGCUUCAAGUAUAAGGUUUACUUUUGGCCUACAAAGGAGGAGAUGGAAUUUGAGCAUUGUCAUCUGAGGCCUCAUCAAGAAUGGAGUGAUGGAAAAUGGGUGCUUGCUUCUUUGGCUCUAAGAAGCACAAACACUCAUCUUGCUUGGGGUAUCCGAGUGUAGGACACAUUUUUGACACCGACACGGUGCCACUUCCUCGACACCUCAUUUUGUGAUGGCUCAAAUACUUGAGCCAACACUGCCAUAUGAUUGGGCACUUCAAAGUCAUUGGUAUUAUGAAAGAAUAUUCAAUUUUUUUAGCAUUCUAAAAUGUCAGCUUAAAGUAUUAUAUAAAAUAUUGAAACAAUAAUCCCUCUUAGGAUUAUCUUUUUUGUGAGAUUUAUAUAAUCAUAGGAAAAAGUAAAGACUAGUAAGCUGUUUUGAGAAGACUAAAAUACUUUUCUCCUAAUAUAUCAAUCAUCUUAUUUCAACAUUUUUUUUGUAAAGAGACUAAGGCUCUGUUUGUGAAAAAGUUACAUUCAACGUAACUUGUUUUUGAUCAAAUGGGAUAAAAGAGUUAUUUCUAUAUUUUGUGCAUUGGAAUGUGUGAAAGUCCAUUGAAUGUUUUUCAAAUGAUAAACCAAACGCACACUUAGUACUUGCAUUGUAGAACAAUGCCUCUUAUUAUUUGUUUGAGACUCAUUAUCAUAGAAAAAGGUAAAUAUCCAACCCUAGAUUAUCAAUUUAUAUGUUUUUGUUAUGUUUCUUAUAUUUACUUUUUUUUAGAGUAUUUAUAUGUGUGUAAGUCCAUGUUGGAGUCCAUGCUUCAUAGCUAGGCUGCAAUAUAGUGGUUCCUUCAGCAUUUCUAGAGCAAUGUCUUCAUUUAAAGGUAACAAAUAAUUCCUGUCUUUUUCAAUUCUCUCUCUUGACUAUGAGGAUUUUCUCCAUUAUAAGUGGAUUACCUUUUUCUCUUGGUUUUGUAUUGGAGAAUUCGCACUUAUCACAUGUUUUGGACUUGGGGUACAAGCUUUUCUUUUCUAGUCUUUGAAUAUGUUUUUAACAUGAAUUUUGGUGAAUGAUUAUUGCAAGUGUUUGGAAUACAAAGGGGUUAAACAUCGGAGAGAACUCCAUCAAUCUGUUAUGGGCAAACACACAAGUGAUCUUGACACUGUAUCUUAAUUCAAAAUCUAAAGACAUCAGGUUUAUGGGUCUUUGACACUUACAUGUUAUUCAACAUACCUAAUUCUAUCCAAUAUAGAAUUAUUUUCAUUCACACUUGUACAUCAACAAUCUUCUCCUCAAGUAUGAGUCUCUUUCACAUGGUAUGCUUCUCCUCAAGCAUGAGUCUCUUUCACAUGGUACGCGUCUCCUCAAGCAUAAGCUCAAGAUACCUGUACUGCUGCUUGCACCGUCAUUAGGCCCCUAAUCUUAGCCAUUAGCCAUUGUUGCCAAUAUGUUCAAGAUAUUUGUAUCGUCAAAAAGACUUUGUACAUCAACAAUCUUCUCUUCGAGUCUCUUUCACAUGGCAUGCUUCUCCUCGAGCAUAAGCUCAAGAUACCUGUACUGCUGCUUGCACUGUCAUUAGGCCCCUAAUCUUAGCCAUUGGCCAUUGUUGCCAAGACGUUCAAGAUAUUUGUACCGUCAAAAAGACUUUGAAAACAAGGAUACCUUUACAUGGAUCCAUUGCCAAUUACUACCCAAUAUUUGUUUGAGCUGAUUAACUGGUUGAACCAUUGGCUUUGAUGCCGAUUUUUGGAAAUAUGAAGGAUUAAACACCAGUCAAGACUCCAUCGGCCAUGAGCAAAUACACAAGUGAACCUGACAUUGCAUUUUAACCAAAAAUUUUAAGGCAUCAGGCUUGUAAGCCUUUAUCACUUAUAUGUUACUCAACACAUCUCAACUUAAUCCAAUAUAGGACUCAUUCACACUUGCACACCAACAUAGUGAGUUUCCCAUUUUCUACCAAAUUACCAUAUUCAUGUGAAUAAUUUUGACAAUUAUAGUUUGAAAUGUUAAAUGUGUUUAGAAAUUUGUGGCAUUGCAAGUUUAAGCACUUAUGCUUGAACGAAUUCUGAGUCAAAAUAUUGUAGAAUUAUAGUCUUAUACUCUUGUUAUGUUUAAUUAUUCAUACUUUUCAUCUUAUAUUAUUUUUGUUCCGUUCGCUUUAUAUAUUUGAGCUUUAUUCACUUCAUUAUGAGUUGAGUGCUUGAUCCCAUACAUGAUGAGUCAAAACUGAAUGCUUUGGUUUUAUGUGUUCGUUAUGGCUUCUUUUAGGGCUGAAGACCUGAUCAUUAGUGAAUUACUUGAGGUUCUUCCUGCCACCUUGCUAUUUCACUGAAAAUGCUUUCUACUACCGUCACUCACUCACGCCUCCUAUAUCCCAAAUGCUUUUUACUAAAUGUGUUAACAUUGAGCACUUUUUGGAGUUGAAAUGUAAUCUGUAAAUAUGUGAAAUAUGUUGGUAUUGCUGAUGUCCACCCAGGCGCUAACUGCAACGUCAACCUUCUAAUUUUAGUGAGGAUCCCACUGACAUUACUUUCGUGCAUGUAUGUAUAUGAUGUUAAGACCCAAAAUCGAAAAAGCUCAUGUUUAAUUAAGAACAUAAUGAAUUGAAUAUUUGCUUUUGUUACUAA